CAGCUCUUCAUUGCAGACUGCACAGUGCAUCAUUACUCAAUCCCUUUAGCUCAAUUAUGUUGUGUGGGAUUGCCAUUUGCUAGUAGGUAUUGCAUAGUAAGACUUAUUGUUUGCAGAGUUUGUUGCAAUGGCAGUGAGAUAUCUGUGUGUGGUGGCCACGGUGUGCCUCUUGGCAGUGGAGGCGCACAAUAUUGAUAAAGCCAUGCACCGGGGGGAGCGGGAGGUGGAUGGAGCAUUCACUCCACGAGGUGCCAACCACCGCCAUGCAGAACAGGACUUUGACUUUGAUCAUGAGAGUAUACUAGGGAGCAGCAAGGAGGCGGCUGAGUUUGACCAGCUCCCGGCUGAGGAGGCGCGAAGGCGGCUGGCGCUGCUGCUCCCCAAGAUGGACACCAACAAUGACGGUCUCAUUCUCCCCACGGAGCUCACAGCAUGGAUCCUACGCUCUUUUGGUUUGCUGGCGCGGGAAGAAUCAGCUGAGCGCUUCGCUGAUGCCGACGCUGACGAGGACCUCAGUGUCAGCUGGGCAGAGGUUCUGAGCGACAGCUAUGGCAUAAGCCCAGCAGAGGGCCGUUCUGACUUCCUGUCUGCUGACAAUGAGCACGGUGCUGACACUGCUAGGAUGGUGCGAGAGGACCGUGAGCUUUUUGACGCGGCAGAUGCAAACCAAGAUGGCAGCCUGGACCAAGAGGAGUUCCUGGCAUUCAGUCAUCCUGAGGACAACCCCACUAUGGUACCGAUUCUUGUUCGCCAAGCGAUGUCCGAGAAAGACAAGAACAAAGAUGGCCGUCUGUCAUUCGCCGAGUAUGUCACUAGUCUUGGUGAUGAGCCUCUUGACGACGCGGCGCUGCUCACGGAGAAGAGUCGCUUCGAUGAAGACCUCGACGGUGACGGCGACGGAGAGCUGAACGAGGAGGAGGUGCGCGCCUGGCUCGUCCCUGACAACUUAGAGGUGGCGCGCGCUGAAAUGGACCACCUGUUCAGUGGGGCCGACGCCGACAUGGACGGCGCGCUAUCCUACGACGAGGUCCUGGAACAGCACCAGUUGUUCGUUGGCAGCGAGGUCACGGACUACGGAGACCAUCUACACAACCUGCAUCGCUUCACUGAGGAGCUCUGAUACUCCUGUGCUACCUGCAUCACCUACUCCUAGGCCACCUGCAACGCUCCACUGAGGUCCUCUGAACCACGUGCACCACUUCACUGAGGUCCUCUGAACCACCAUCGUUUUUAACCAAAGAAUGGAUGUUCAAGAUGUUGAUGGGCAUUAAUGUAUUAAGUGCCAUUAAGCAAAAUCAGUCAAAUCGAUCAAUGAACUUGAAUUUGUUUUGAAGAAGGUUCAUUGGCAAUAAAGGAUAAAAAUCAGCGCUCUCUCGCUCAUAAAUUCUCAGUAUUCCACUAGCAAUGCUUGGGGCUUGACAGCGGAGGCAGCGCAUACCACACACCUCGCCAGCUGGCGGGCAUUUCACGUCGCUUGUGAUGCGUCAUGGUUCGAUGUGAACAGAAAAGUGUUAAGGUAUUUCACAAACUACCGACGUUAAUGGGCUCGCAUUGCAGCAUGUGUGAUGAACCAAAUAAUUAGAAUCUCAAGCUGGCGUUUAAUCGCCAACUUUAUAUGUGAUUUAAGGCGUGUGUCAUUUUUGCCUUUUUCAAUGAAAUGUGCGUUACAGAGCCACCAUGACAUCCCUGACGCCCUCUCCCCUCCCUUAUGAUGUUUUAUUUAUCUCUGUGGUAAAUUAUACGCCACAAGAAGUAAUGUAGCAGCUUACUAAUAUUCACUUCAGUGUCAGUAACCGAGGCUUGAAUCAAAGUAGUUAAUACUAAGUAGUUUAUUUAUCAGUAACUGAUCCUGAUGGGCUGCUGUUGCAGCCAGCUAGAAAGUAAGUAAAUGUUAAUUUAUUUGUGAUAUUUUUAAGUAUAUGUGAAACUUGAUUCAA